AUGCCCACCAAGCCAAGCCCUACCGUAACCCGCAAGCAGAAGCUCCAACCACCAGCACAUUCGCACGAAAUCAACGUCUCGAUCCUCGAAAACAACCGCGUGCUGCUCGUGAGCUUUAACCGCCCCAAGGCGCUCAAUGCCAUGACGCCGCAGAUGGCGGACGAUCUGAAGAGGGUGUUGGAUUGGUUUGAGGAGGAGCCGGAGUUGUGGGUCGUCAUAGUGACUGGAGAAGGCCGGCUCUUCUGCGCAGGCGCCGACUUGAAAGCAUGGAACACCGACCAGCAAAACGGCAAGACCUCCGAACAAGAGGGCGUCAUCGCGCUCGUGCACGGUUUCGGCUCCAUCUCGCGCCGACAGUCCAACAAGCCCAUUAUCGCAGCCGUCAACGGCGGCGCGUACGGCGGUGGGCUGGAGAUGGUGCUUAAUUGCGAUAUUGUGCUUGCGAGUGAGGGCGCCAAGUUUGCGUUGCCGGAGGUUAAGCGCGGGGUUGUUGCGAUUCAGGGCGGUAUACCCCGCCUAGCUCAAAUUGCAGGACACCAGCUGGCCUCGGAACUGCUCCUGUUGGGCAAGACAAUAGAUGCCUCUGAGGCGCAGAGUCGUUUCGGGUUCGUCAACAAAAUUGUCCCACCAUCCGAAUUAAUCCCUGCCGCCAUCGACAUAGCGCAGCAGAUCAUCGCAAACUCGCCGGACGCGGUACAGUCGACGAAGCAUGGGCUCCUCCUCGCGCAGCAUAUGAACGUCUCCGAGAGCUUUUUGACGCACACAUGGAGCGCCCAUAGUAAGCGCGUAUAUAAGGGGGAUAACAUCAAAGAGGGGUUGAAAGCGUUUGCGGAGAAACGCACACCUGUUUGGACGAGUCCCAAGCUCUGA